GUACUUUGCUUUGUUUCACAACUAGCAGCUAGCACUUGUUACUCGUUUCGCCAUUGUUUUACACGUUAGUUUGUUCAGACAGCUCAUAGCGAGCUUUAGCGAGGUAUUUUAUCUUGUUCGUGGUUAAAUCAAAAAUGUUGAGAACCCCAGUGCGUCGAUCUGUGGUUGAAAAUUACCCAUUGUAUUAUCCUUUUGGAAUUACUCGUUUCCGCAACAUUUUGAAAGAUUUGAACUGUGGAAUUGGAUUUAACGAUGGCAUAAAGAUGCUAUUUCUUGGAUGUGGUGACUUAAGAAACACACUUCAGGCAACAGCUAAUGAAAAUGCAAAAGGAUUUCUCAUCUCUCUCAACGACAAUAAUCCAUCAAUUUUGGCUCGAAACAUAACAAUUUUGAAAAUCCUGUCAGAUAAAUCUUUUAAUCCUGAAAAAGAAGAGGAUUUGAGCUUUCUGUGGGAUGUCUGGUAUAAUGCAGAAUGGCCUGAGCUCACCAGAAUAAGAUUCUUGGUUGUCUUGAGGGAUAUCUUGGAUGGACAAUUACCAAAAAAUGUUUCUGUUCCUGAUAAUAAACAACUGCAAAGUUUGAAACAAGUGUGGAGCUCUUGGUUAGCAACUUGUUCGGGAGAUGAAUCAAAAUUGACAUCAUUCAUGCAAGAAAUCAAGAAAGAACGGUCCACAUUUGUCUGGAAAGAGUACAGCAUUUGGAUUGGAGGAUUGCGUGACCUGGCACGUUCGAACAGCAUUGACCACUUUUCUACAGCGGUGGACGAGAUCGCUAAACAUUUGCACGAGGACAAUUUUGUUGGUAUUGAAGAAUUGCCUAAUCCUGUGAUGCAAAAGAAUAGAGAUGAAGUUCUUCGCUUCUUCGCAACUGGCAACUGUCGCCUUCAAAGCGAAACCGGAGUAGUUUGCGUGAAUCCAACCAUGCUCGACCCAACAACUCUUCGAUGGGAAGUUCAUUUCUUAAUAACCCCUUUUGAUGGUUACCUUCCGCUAACUAAAGAAGAGUUCGAAAUUUCGGCCAACGACAACUUGCUAGUCCGAUCGUGUCAGAAAAUACUCAAGAAAUUCGUUAUUUCUUAUCGAAGUCGCAUUCGGGUAGUCAAAAUUUCUGUGCACUUGGAGGAUUUCUUGGAGUUCUGCUACGCCAACACAAAUCAGUUCGACGUCAUUGAUUGUAGUAAUCUUCCCGACCCGAUUGGAUUAGCCAACGUUAUCAACGCUGCAACGUCAAGAUUAUCCGACAAUGAACAAUCUACUUUAUUCACUCAAUCUGUGAAAUGGAAGGAUGUAGGGGAUACAGUGGAGAAAUACGUCGAAGGAUCUCUUUGCGUCCCUUUGAACAUGGUCCCCACCAUUUAUGGAUUGCGAUUGGAUAAUCACGUGGAACUUGGAGCUUCAGCAAUUCUCAACUUGCGACGUCGAAGAACACAUCCGGUGAGCUUAAGAUGGAAGAAAGCACCUUCCUUUCGGAACGUAUCAUUGGCUCCCUCGCCGUUGUUGGACCGUUGUUUGGAUCAAAUAGCAGACAAAUGUUUUGAUAUUUUAUUCCCUCGUCGUAUGGUUAGGCCUCAACCCGGGGAUAAUUGUGGUAUGAUGCUGUACACUGCGCUAACGUAUGACUAUAUAGUCAGCUCGAUGAUUCAACGCGUUGGAGGGGACAACUGGUUCAAUGAAGAACGAAGAUGCAAAGAUUGGAUAUGUGGCUCAUUUGAUUUAGCGAAACGAACAACAAAAGCCUGGAAGAAUGGUCGACCAGUUCUGAAGCUGACAGCCCAUGCCGAUAUACCCUUCCGUCCUCUUAAGGGAACUCCAGUGCUUCGUUUGAUUUUAAUUCCUUGUUCAGUGUUCAACGAAUCCAUGGCAUUCAAAGAUAAUUAUGAUCUGUCUGGCCCUGGGAACCAUAUGAUCGAUAACUUUCAGUUUGAAAUUAAGAAGAAUCGUAAUGGAAAGGAAACAGUGUCACUUUCGUUUUUAUUGGUUCCUGAUCACGGUCUCGAAAAAAGCCACCUUGCUUUCCUUAUGGAUCUUUCGGAUGGAUUUCCGACUUAUAUAUUCAAAGCUCUCAAGUUUAUGCGGACUGAAACGUUUGUUGAACCACAUCCGUUUGCCGCCAAAAUCCCUGCCCAUUCAGCUGCUUCUGUUACUGGGCAAUCUUCAAUGAUGACUGUCAAAAGCUGUAUCGAAUCUGAAGAUCAAUAUCUGCUGAGAAUAGAUAUUUCAUGCAGUGAUAACGUCUCUGGUCUGGCCGUGUCGACGAAUCAGAGAAAGCCAUGCGACUCUGCUCAUGAAAUCACCGUUUCACUUAGUCAACCAAAUGACUUGGAGCCUCUGAGUAUGACGUUUCCCUUUCCGAUCCUUGUUGAUGGUGUUCGUGCUACGCUCCACCGCAAAGACCACUUCAUUAAUUUAGUUUUGAAGAAAGCUGUCCUUGAGCCAUGGCCACAUGAGUUUCAAGCAGAGCAUACGAAAUGGAAUGCGGACCGAUUGAACCUCUGGGCUGAGAAACAAGUGAUGGUGGAGCAUGACAGCGGAAUUGCCCGUCCAUCUUUAUCUUCUUCUUGCAUGAACUCGUCGAUGCUUCAUCUUUUGUGCCAGUUUAAACUUCCUCAGGUUGAGACGCCAUCGUUAUUGAAAAAAACUCCAUUGAACCUAGUUCGUUGCAUCAUCAGAGGCAUUUUUCAACGUUUCACUAGCCGCAAAGCAGCUCGCACAAACUUCGUGCGAAUUUAUCUAAAAGGGUUGUCUGCCGAAAAUCCUGAUUGGUACCUCCGAGUGCAUAAACCGAUUCGCACCUCUCCGGAGGGAAGCCCAAUGCUUAUCAUCUCUGCUUUUGACAGUAAGCUUGCAAAAACCUUGGAAACUCAACAGGAAGCAAGCAAGCUCAAAGCUGGAAAGAAUUUCUCUCGAGUUUUUUCCGUUCUGAAGCCCGAGGAAACCAUGACGGUUGAAGCUGAAACCUCCGAAAGUUUAGAAUUAUUUCGCUACGUUUUAAGACUCAAUUCGUUGAAGAUUUCACCAAUUACUUGGCAAAAGUACAAUCUUCACUUGGGAGAAGACAGUCCUUGGCUAGCCACUUUCCUUUCUCCACUCUAUCUGGAUUCUCCAUCAAUGUAUGGUGAUAUUAACGAGGAGAGUUCCGAAAAUGAGGAUAGUGAAACAUGUUGUCUCAUGUAAGAUACAUUGUGUUGAUGUCGUUGCGGUCCACCAUUGGAUAUUUUGCAACAUGGGAUACCAACAUGACUGAUUUGUGCGUACACACAAUUAUUUUUAUUUUAAUAUCACAUGAAGUGUUUUUGAUUUUUAACUUUGAUUUUUCAAUAAUGAAUAUAAUUCAAUUGUUACUAAAGUAAAUGAAUGAAAUUGAUAAAUAAACUUAGAAGUGGUUUUUCA